CUAUAAUAAGUACUGUAGUGAGUGCCAGUCUCUGGUGAGGUAUGGCGCUCAACUUCGAUACUAGUACGAAUAUUAUAAUUACACAAUAAUAAUUUGUGAGAAUGUGGUUGGUUGGAGUGGAGCAGUGACCUGAACUUCACGCAGAGUGGGGUGGAGUAGGGUUUGUACUACUAGUAUUUCCGAUUUGCUCAUGGAUUGUCGUCCAUCGCCUAGCGCCGCCGCAGGAGCAGAAGAAGCAGGAGGAGAAGCACCGCCACCAACAACAUAUCGCAUAGGCUACGCGCUUUCACCAAAGAAAGUGGAAAGCUUCAUCCAGCCCUCUCUCCUCAAUCUCGCCAAACAACGCCACAUCCAUCUCCUUCCAAUCGACCUCCACAAGCCCUUAUCCCACCAAGGCCCUUUUGAUUGCCUCCUUCACAAGUUAUCCGGCCCCGACUGGACUCAACAGCUCCGCCACUUCUCUUCCCUCCACCCUGACGUCCCCAUCAUCGACCCUCCCGACGCCGUCCUCCGCCUCCACGAUCGCCUUUCCAUGCUUCAAGUCGUCCGCGACUUACACCUACCGGAACCAAUCGACGAAUCCGACUCCUCUUCUUCUUCUUCUUGCUCUUUCGGAAUCCCUCACCAGGUAUUGGUCCCAGAUUCCCAACAUCUCCGAGAACAGGGAUUGCCUAGCCCCCUCGAGUUUCCGGUGAUCGCGAAGCCCUUGCUUGCCGACGGGACCGCCAGCUCUCACCAGAUGUCCUUGGUCUUCAAUCACCAAGGAUUGAAGCAAUUAGAGGAGGAGGAGGAGGCGCCAUUUGUACUGCAGGAGUUUGUGAACCACGGCGGCGUCGUCUUCAAAGUCUAUGUUGUUGGGGACUACGUGCAAUGUGUCAAACGGAGGUCCUUACCAGACAUCCUCAUGGACGACGACAAACCAUUGGGAGGAUUGGGCGCCUCCCACCACAAUUUGUUGACCUUUUCCCAGAUUUCAAAUCUCGCCACCGCCGCCGCCCCUGCCCCUUCUUCUUCGUCUUUUAAGAAUAAUGAUGAGCAGCAGCUGCAGGAGGAGGAGGCAGCCCAAAUGCCUCCGGUGAGUUUCCUUACUCGCUUGGCCAAGGCCUUGAGGAAUGCCUUGGACUUGCAUCUCUUCAACUUCGACGUAAUCAGGGACGGUCGGUUUGGGAAUCGGUACCUUGUCAUUGAUAUUAACUACUUUCCCGGUUAUGCUAAGAUGCCCUCGUACGAGACUGUCUUAACUGACUUUUUUCUGGAUCUUCUGCGCCGCAAACAACAACAAUAAUUGCCACUCUACUACAAGUACUAGUGCUUUACAGUUACAAGAGAAGAGGAGCAGCAGCAGCAAAAGCAACAAGGACUGGACUGGAUGCUUUUAUUAACUAGCAAGCUAUUAGCGCUGUUGAAUAUUUUUACUCGCUGCUGCUCACUCUUCACUUUCUCCUAAUGACUAGUAGUGCUAAAUAACAGAGGAAGAUCUUCAAACCCUUUGACAUAAAUAAUCCUCAUUUUCAUGGUGACCCCUGAAAUCCCACUCAUAGUACUAGAUAUGUUGGACCAACAGGUUUUCAGUUGGUUGGAGACAUUUGCUGUCCAUGAAUUGACUACGACCUUUUUUUUGUUUGUUUAACUUGGUGUGGUCAACAUUUGAUUGAUUGAUUAUCAGGUGUGGCUGCUGUUAGAAUUCUGUCUGUGUGUCAGUACUAUCAUGGUUGGAAUCUAAUCUAAACUCGUUUUGAUUUGCA